UAAAGAAAUUAGUCAUCUUUUUCCAAUAUAUUAUGCGAUUAAUCCUUAGCUGAGGUCGUUAAUGGAAGUUUAUAUAUAAACAAGUCAUGGUCAUCUCACCUUCUUAUCGAACUAAAGUUUUCAAGAACCUCAAAAAGGAGUAAUUCAUACCGAUGUUGUCUUUUUCUCCCGGUGGUUGGCCUUUAGAGGAUUCCGCAAGCCAUGAACAAAAGAGCUACAUGCACAGAGAUGCCUACACUUGCUAUUCACCACCUCUUCUCCAUUUCCCCUUCUUAUCACCAGCUACACCGUCUCCUCAGGCGGAGCUAGCGUUCAAUCCUUUCGAUAUCCCGUUUGCAGUGGCGAAAGGUGAAGCAACGACGGUCAAGAAGUUGAACCACAAUGCCAGCGAGCGUGAUCGGCGGAAGAAGAUGAAUGGUCUGUACUCCACGCUCCGUUCGCUGAUCCCGGCUGCUGAUCAAAUGAAAAAGUUAAGUAUCCCGACGACGGUGUCCCAAGCGCUGAAAUACAUACCAGAACUACAACAGCAAGUGGAGAAACUCACUCAAGAGAAGGAAAAGCUGCUAUCAAGAAUUAAUGCUACCCGAGAUGGAGAUUAUUGCACUAAUCACCAAGAGAUUAGCAACGGAAAAGGCUCGCUUCAAAAUUUGGUGCCAUCUAUCUCCACGACUCGUUUGAGUGAGAGCGAGGUUGUAAUUCAGAUAUGCACCAGAAAGGUCUCGACUCAUAAGACUAUCGAUUUCUCUGAGGUCUUGCUUACCUUGGAUUAUCAUGGCUUCCCUCUAGUAAGCUCUUCCACCUUCGAGUCAUGCGGAGGAACAAGAACAACCUUCUACAAUCUACACGUUCAGGUUGAGAGAAGCUCGGAGAUGGAGUGUGAGGCUUUGAAGGAGAAGCUGUUAGCAUUAUUUGAUCAUCGGAAGAGGAGCGACAUAAACUUCCCGAGGCAACUUGGGAACCAGAUAUUGUAAUAGUUUCUCCAUUAGUUUUAAGCUUUCGUCAGAAGAACGCUUCAACGAAUUUAUGUCAGUGAAGCCUUUCAACCAGGUGUUUUGAUUAUGCAUUC